CGACUAUGUUAAAUAUUCGUAUGAUCUCCGGGAAGUGAGACUUUCGGCCUCUCCCUUGGUUCUCUUUCUUUCCCUGGGAAUGCCCUGUGCUGCUAGGAUCAAUUGUCAAUUGCCUACCAGUCUUUGGACAAUCCUCCCACAAUGAGUCUCCUCAAGAACUAUCGCGUUUACCUCCUCACAGCAGUGGCCUACUCGGGGUCACUUCUCUUCGGCUAUGAUACGGGUGUUAUGGGAAGUGUUCUUUCACUGACCAGCUUUAAGGAAGAUUUUGGAAUACCGACUGGCUCUUCUGGCUUUGCUUCCUCCAAGAGCUCCGAAAUCUCAUCCAAUGUCGUGUCCUUGCUGACCGCGGGCUGCUUCUUCGGCGCCAUCUUCGCUGCCCCCCUUAACGAGCGCAUUGGCCGACGCUAUGCACUGAUGAUAUUCACCGUCGUUUUUCUUAUCGGAGCCGCUGUUCAAGUUGCUUCGAAGCAUCACAUUGGACAGAUAUAUGGUGGCCGUGUCAUAGCUGGCUUGGGAAUUGGUGGCAUGUCCAGUAUCACGCCUGUGUUCGUGAGCGAGAACUGCCCCCCAAGCAUUCGAGGCCGAGUUGCUGGGAUGUUCCAGGAGUUUCUGGUCAUUGGAAGCACCUUCGCCUAUUGGCUGGAUUACGGUGUCUCCCUGCACAUUCCCUCAAGCACGAAGCAAUGGCGUGUCCCCGUCGCUAUCCAGCUGAUUCCUGGCGGUCUUAUGCUCCUCGGCCUUUUCUUCCUCAAAGAGUCUCCUCGCUGGCUGGCUGGUAAAGGACGACACGAAGAAGCUCUUCAGUCUCUCGCAUACAUCAGAAACGAGUCUCCUGAUAGCGAAGUGAUCCAGAAAGAGUUUGCUGAGAUCCGAGCAGCCAUCGAUGAAGAGGUAGCAGCUACCGAGGGGCUGACAUACAAGGAGUUCAUCCAGCCGAGUAACCUCAAACGCUUCGGAUUCGCCUUCACUCUCAUGCUUUCACAACAAUUUACGGGCACCAAUUCAAUCGGAUACUACGCUCCUGAGAUCUUCCAGACUGUCGGACUUAGCGCGACUAACUCGUCUCUUUUCGCUACUGGAGUCUACGGAACUGUGAAGGUUGUCGCGACGGCUAUCUUCCUGUUCGUCGGUAUCGACCGUUGGGGUCGGAAGCUCAGUCUGGUCGGCGGAUCCAUUUGGAUGGCGAGCAUGAUGUUCAUCAUUGGCGCUGUAUUGGCCACGCACCCUCCCGACACAAGCGCCGGUGGUGUCUCCCAGGCUUCUAUCGCCAUGGUAGUCAUGAUUUAUCUCUACGUGAUCGGCUAUUCAGCUUCCUGGGGUCCUACCCCCUGGGUGUAUGUGAGCGAGAUCUUCCCGACACGGCUACGUUCAUACGGUGUCGGUCUGGCAGCCACAUCCCAGUGGCUCUGGAGUUUCGUGGUCACUGAAAUCACCCCCAAAGCCGUCCACAACAUCGGCUGGCGGACUUUCCUCAUGUUUGGUAUCUUCUGUGUUGCCAUGUGUGUCUUCGUCAUCGUUUUCGCCAAGGAGACCAAGGGCCGCAGUCUCGAGGACAUGGACAUCCUCUUCGGCGCUGUCAACGAGGCGGACCGUCGUGCUGCGGUGGAACAUACCAUGCACAAGCGCGGCUCUUCCCACAUCGAGGACGUAGAUGAGGAGACUGAGCGUGUUCGCCAUGAGCAGGACAAGGUCUAGCUGGGCUAGAUCAGUCCUUGUAUGAAUGAUAUAUGUAACCCGUCUCUGGGUAUGACUGGAUGGUUUUAAAGUUGGGCGAAUCAGCAUAGAUCUAGAUGUUAGAUGGGGGCUUAUAAAUUGGUCUUCAUAGAUUCGGGCUUUGUUUUCACUAGGAUCUCGAGAUGAUUCUAACACCGGCUGGACUGACGUUGUGUGAUACUAUGCAUGUUUCCUUUU